AUGUCUCAUCCAGAUGCCAACUUACAUCCCGUCGCGACGGGCCUGGCUAAGAAAACAGUUGACAAACACUCGGCCGAACAGACAUUGAAGUUGUUUGCGGGCUGGUUCUGCCCUUUCGUACAACGAGCAUGGAUUACACUUGAGGAGAAAGGCAUCCCGUAUCAGUAUAUCGAGAUUAACCCUUACAACAAGGGACCCGAACUCUUGCGCGCCAAUCCACGCGGCCUCGUUCCAACACUUGAAGUUGCACCAGGCAAGUCCUUGUACGAGAGUACUGUGUUAUGCGAGUAUCUCGAGGAACACUAUCCUGGUCACAAGCCGCAUGUCUUGCCUGAGGUGGGAAAGGAUGAUUAUACUCGCGCUAAGGCCCGUAUCUGGACCGACUACGUGACGAGCCGAGUGAUACCUGCGUUUCACCGAUUUCUGCAGUUUCAGCCGUAUAAGCAUGAAGAUGGGGAGAAGAGGCUCGAUGAGCUGCGGCGGGAGUUCAAAUCACACCUUCUUGAGUUCUCAAAGGAGAUAGAUCCCCAGGGGCCGUUCUUUUUUGGCCCAGAUUUGAGCCUUGUGGAUAUUGUUAUAGUUCCUUGGGCGGUUCGCCUUUGGGUAUUCGAGGAAUUUAAGGGCGGCUUGCGUAUCCCGGAGCCUGGGCAGGGUGGACCAGAGGAAGAGGCCUGGGGUUGGUGGCGUAGGUGGCUAGACGCGGUUUCGAGCAGAGACAGUGUUAAAAAUACGACGAGUGAUCAUGAACACUAUGUGCCAAUCUAUAAGCGCUACGCAGAUGACAUGGCACAGUCGGAGUUGGCUAAAGCUACAAGAGCUGGUAGGGGCGUCCCGUGA